AUCGAGGCCGGGGGCAUGUAAAAAAGGGUCUGGAAUCUUUUUGUACCGUCCGAACGAACAGGCAGCUGGAGGGCAUAAAUGGCAGAUUUCUCCCGCAGAAGCCUGGGUCCCAAAGCGUAUGGUCACAGCCACUGUCACAGCCAGUCGUGACAGCGUGCUCAUGAGUCAUCAUCUGAGACUCUGAGUGGCACGACUGUUGCCAUUCACUCAUAGUUAGAUACAAAAUCGACAAGGCAAACACUCAGACAAUGCACAUAUCUCCAUUUUCGAGCAUGCUUUAAUCUCUUUCCUCCUCUUACAACGUGCCAUGCCAAUGCCACAAUCGUACCUGUCCCUCCUUUCUCACAACGACCAUGCCACAAGCCAGCGUUGUCUACCCUGCUUCUCAAACGGCUGGGACUGAACGGCAGCCGGCGAUGAACUUCCUUUGUGACGCAUGCCAAAUCCUCAUCCCCGGCACCGCGCCGCGGGCGCAUUGUCUCGUCUGUCCAGAUCACGAUCUAUGCGCAGCGUGCACUUUAGGAGAGCGAUUCGUAAGCCCGCACGCCGCUGGGCACGCGAUGCAGGUGUAUCGCGUCAGCGGCGAUAAUGCGACAGCCGUGGUGAAGGGAAAUUGGGUGCUGGGAUAUGGAACGGCUUCUCCCUCGCCUGUACCGGUUGCAUCUUCCAGUAUCGAGAGCAGCAGCGCCGCAGGAGGAACGAGUGUCGGAGGGACAAGUUUCGGCGGUACCGCGACCGGCGUGGGAGGCACUAGUGUGGGCGUAUCACGUCCGGCGGCAUCAUCGCAGGAGAAACUUCCUCACCAGCCCCCGCAUCUCCCAGUGCCCCCAACGGUUGGGGGCAGUUCUUCUUGCCUGCCGAUCUGAGCCAUACUCAAAUUUACGCCGAACUCAUCAUGACUAUCUUUGGAUAUCUCGAUACCACACGCUCUGGCUUCCUGGCCCCCGAGGGGUAUUCCCGUUUGCUUGACGACAUGGGGUAUCCGGUUCAUGAAAACAUCUGGAAGAAGAACCUGACUCAAAGCUCUCCUCUUCAGAGCCGCGAAGCGGCAGCAGACGCCGCGCUGCGUGCCGCGUACGACAUGUUUGCAAUCGAGUACAUUACCCAAGCACGACCCCGCGCAACGGCACCCGGGCGGUUCUCGGGAUUCCAGUCGAUCGCUGGUGCAGGCACGCCGAUGCCGCUGCUCACCGCAAGAGGCCUGGGCGACAUCAUUGCCAUCGAGUUGCUCGCGGGCCCGAAUGACGCGUUUCCGCGCCUUGCGAAGGUCAUCCAGGGAUACGGGUUGUACGCGCGACAGCCGUAUGCGGGUUGGGGAGCGAUGCCUCGGACCGUAUUGCCCGCUGGGCCGGAUCCGAGGAUGUUGGCUCGGGUCCAGUCCGCUCAGACGAAUGCUGUCCAGGCUGCCGCCAUCAAGGCCCAGCUCAGAGCCAAGGCGGACCUCGCUGCUGUGAACGCCAUCGGCGGAACUCAAUGGGAGAUGAGACCAUACUGAGCGCUCGCGGUAGCUGUUGAGAUACCUGACAUCUUCGCCCAUCUACGUACCAAACUUCCAUCACUAGGUUCCAGCAUCAAUGCUCUAUGUUGUCCUCUCAUCCUUCAGUUUGCAUCAUACUCGUAUAGUCUAUCAGCGGGCCAAUCCAGUGCAUCUGCCCUAGUCAUUUCUCUGUCCCUGAAGACAAUCAGCACCCAUUCGCCCCCAGCGCUUUGCGGCGAUCGAUUGAAGCGAGUGACCAAGGGAUUUGAAGAAACUCCACGGUGAGGUUCGGCCGCUUUCGAAGGAUUGGGAGGCAUUUGGGUCAGAUGGGGGAAUGCUAAGCACGUAUCUUCGGAUAGCGAAAGACUGCUCUGUUCGAUUUGAUGGGCCGGAUUUCGACUGGGAAAAUAUCUCGCCGAUUUUACUUUGAAGAUCAAGAGCAGAUUUUAUCCCAACAUCUCUGAAGUUGUCCUGGCUCAGAGCUAGAAGAGUAUAGUCUGCAAUGCAUGUAACUCCGGAAUCCAUCUUCUCGCAUCAAAUCCGCAUACACCUCUAUACGGGAGAAACGGGAGCGGAAGUGCAGGAUAAAUAGCAGUCGGUGAGUCUCGGAGACCAACUCCAGUUCAUGUCUCUCCUUCGCAACGUCCUCAAGCGCAAUCAGCAACAUGCGGAUUCCGCAUGUUCGCCGACCGAAGAGUCUGAGAUCGGCAAAAGCGGAGUCAAGGAAGAGGUUGAAGCAGUGGAGGUCACAGCAGUGCACGUAGCGGAAACAGCCACCUUCCAGGAAGCUCCAGGGAAGGCUUUCAAUCCGUUAUCAUCCAAGCGCAGCCUCAAGAGCUACGCGACGUCCAUGAGCAAACUGUCUGUUGGGAAGAAAGGCAUGAAAAGCUAUGCAUCUACGAUUCGCUCUUCGGGUGGACGCACCAUUCGGUCGCUGGCGGAAUCUAUGAUGAGCUUCUACAGUUUGAUGACCAUGGGUGGGACAAGGAUGCCGAAACGACGCAGGCCGGAACUCUCGACUCUCGGAGUCCCGCUCUGGUAUGAAUCGGACCCACCGCCUCCUCCGCUGAUGGAUGGAACGGGGGAAUCCUCUACCAUUCCUGCGUACUACAACAGAGAAAUUUCCGCAAAUUUACAUGCGAGAUCCGUUGGGGAGCAGCCAUGGCUCGGACUGGUCGUUUACAGUCAUGCGCGCCCCGAAUCGGUCAUGCCGAUGUAUCACGAAUAGGUCGUCAUCAACACAGACUCAAUUCUCGACUUUUUUUCUCCGCCCCAUCUGGCCAUAAAAACUACCGUGUGGAACCGAGCGAUGGGUGAUCCAAAGAGACUGAAGAUAAAUGUUCAAGCCCCGCGAGCUCCCAAGCCAGAAUCAAGGCCCACGACCGAGAGCGGAUCGCACAAAUGGCAAGGAAAGUUCCCAAAAGGAACGUUCGUCUUCCCGUUCGCAUUUCCUGCACUUCCCGCCGAUCUCCCAGUGAAACACUUCGACGACACAAAGAAGAGCAAUCUCAGCCGUGUUCCCUUGCCUCCAUCCCGUGCGAUCCACAUGGUCGCGGGCUUCUCUGGUUCCAUAAAAUACACAGUCGGCAUCAACAUUGAUUAUGACAAGGUCGGAGAGCCAGACGAAGAGUUCGACAUGCCGAUGCAGUACCUUCCCCUGGCGAAACGUAUCGCUAAAGAGCAUACGCCCUUUCCGUACCUUCCGACUCGAGAGGACUGGCCUUUGCGCAGAGAAGUGAUCGGCAGCUGGCAGCUUACCCCGUUCGGUGGACGGGGCCGACUCGGCGAGGAGAUGGUUGAGAUGGAAGGCAUCCUCGGGGUGCAGCUCCCAGCUGUCGUCACCGCAGGCGAUGUGGUCCAGUUCUCCAUCCUGCUGUGGUCCAAAAACGCACUGGUACUCGAAGCGCUCGGCCAGCCCGGCGCGGUCGAAGUAGCGUUUCUCAGCUCGGACAUGUUCGCUGGGAAUGUGAUGCAUCCCCGGACCUCUUCGCGGAAAGACCGCUAUCUCGGACGGCUUGGGUAUGGUCGUGUCUGGCGCACGGAAGAUGGGAGACCUGAUGACGAAGCCCUUGUUCCCGAGAUCAAGAUGGUUCAGCUGCCGGAUCCAAAGGCGCCGGGAUCGCUCAAAAGUUCACACCUCGGGUCUCACACGGUCAAGGGCACCCAGUCAAAGCGCGUGAAGGAGGUAUCAAUCACGGAUGGUGCCACUGAGGAGCGCUUGACGUUUACAGCUCAGGAAGAAAGGAAAUCCGAGUUUCCAGCCAGUCCCAACGACGGCAAUGCUUUUUCGGAGGAGCAUAUGGCCACCUUUUCGACUGAGGAAGACGGGAAGUCGAACGAGGAGUCCGCUGCUGGCGGAUCGGAAGCUGCGGCGGUGCGUGCCUUUUCACCGACACCGACGACCGAGGAGAUUGGCGGAGAGUUCGAGGAGACAGAGGAGCCUGACCACUUCCUGCGGAUGGAUGGCGAGAUCAAGAUUCCAGCAUGCACCCAUCCUAGCUACCGGUUCCCCAACAUGGGUCGCGAAUACCUCCUACACCUGAUAUUCAGCCACCCUCAAUACAUGCACAUUUCCCCCAAUGCUACGGGAAUCCUGGCUGAGUUCCCGGUGUGGUACGUCAUUGAUAGGUUCAAUUACCUGGAGUCAAGUGCGACAACGCCGAGAUCGCGCCAGACGUGGAAUCAACUCAACGCGCUACCGCACUCCGGGGCUGAGGUGCUCAUUGACGAUAAAGCUUUUGUGGCGCCGUUUGCGGAGGGGGAAGUGACCACGGAGAGGAGACCCACUGCGAAGUUCGUACAUUACUUCGCGUUCUAACGUGCUUGCGACUGUCAUGAACACAAUCUGUAUUGGUGUUGGAUGUACGUUCCAUGUAUCCAGAACCGUCGAUUCCGUGCUUCGCAACUGAAUUAUAUGUAAUAUGCGAGCUGCGAUAACGCUGGCUGUUCACUGAAUCGGUCAACACCGACACGCCUGAUCGAGUGACUCGAGUUCGUGGACUCGAUGGGAUAGUUCUGCCCACUAUGAGAAGAACGGUGCCCCCAGGACAGCAUACAGGAUCUUGAAUCUCGAGUAUUGCCUGCUGUCAGUCAUUAGCACUAGUUUGGAUCAGAGGCGGAUGCUGCGCUAAAUGCAUGAUAUGUACCGAGUAAGAGAUAUGGUAUGGGUAUUCAAAACUGCAUUCACAUCGGUGGCAACAUGGUGUAAUCGCCGAGACGAGGAGGUAACGGGUCAUCCCACCAAACGCUCAAUAACGUCUCCUCUCCCACUGCGAGUCGCUGAGGAUGUUGACAGCAGCGAGAUCCGCCUGAGCAGUCAAUUGGGCAUUCAUGGUGGCCGUCUGUACAGCACUCAUCUGUGCCUGUUGAACUCGAGCCAACAUCCUCGGAUCCGGC